GGAGGAGGGAGAGUGGAAGACGGAGGAGGAGCAGAGCCGGGGCACUCGGCAGGCUGGAGACGACGUGAGAUGGUGAAUGUGGUGGUGUUUGAUAAGCGACGCGCGGCAGAACCGGCAGGAGGUAGAUCCGGCGGGUCAGCGGCCAAUCUCACCACUUCUCCGCGGCCAGCCAUCCUCGUGGCCUCGCGGCGCACCAUCCCUCGCAAGCCCGACGUGAUCGCGCGGCACCGCGGCACCGCGGAGGCGGAGGAGGAGGAGGAGGAGGCGGCGAAGAGGAGGCGGUAUCGGGAGGAAUAAAAGGGCCUCGUGACGGAGGGGCUUCGCACGGCCCUGGCGCGACUGCGGCACUGUACCCCUGCGGGGGGUUCGCUGCCGAGCACACCGAAUCCACCGUCCACCCCGGAACACAAGUCUCAAGGAUGCUCGAGGAGUCGCGAGUCGGCCAACAGAUGCGGCAGUUUGGGGAGUAGCGCGUGUGACACGGGGGAUACAUCGCAGUCGCAGCCAUCGCGGGGGCAGCAGCAGCAGCAGCAGCAGCAGCAACAGCAGCAACAGCAGCAACAGCAGCAUGGAGCCGACAGCGACGCGCGGGACGACCUGCUGUCGUCCGCGAUCCGACGGUUCAAUUUCAAAUCGGCCGGCGGCAGUCGUAGCUGCCGCACGGUGCCGAAAGUCGUGGUCAUGGGCUCCAGCACGGCGUCCGAGACCACGAUCAACACGAGCACCGACAGCGCCAACACCAUGCUCACCAUGGUGACGACGACGGACGGGGAGCAACCGGACGACAGCUUCGACUUAAUCGACGUGCCGGCCGAGAUGUCGCCUCCCGCUACGGCCCCGUCGCAACCGUCCAUCCACAGCGGUGGUCACCGGCACCCCGACGAGAUCGCAGCCAGCCGUUCGCCGUCGCCGGUGUCCCCCAGCUCGCCGAUCUCCGUGGCGGCAUCGAUGAGCCGGCAGACACCGCCGCUGGCGCCGUCUUCGCCCUCGUCGCCGCUCUGCGCCUUCGACGGCACCGAGGCAGGACCGUCGUCGUCGAUGACUCGCCGCAUGAGACUCGAUUCCACGCAACCGGACAACGGUUGCCCCAAGACGACGACCGGCUCCUCCUCGGCAUCGUCGGCAGCUCACGGCGCGAGUAACGGCAGCGCGGACGGCGCUGCCGUGCCGCCGCCCACGCCGAUGAUCGGCGCGCACCAGGAGACCCGCUUCACCUUCGGCAGCGGUAGAACGCCGCCUUUACCGGACCUACGAGCGGCGGAUUUCUUCAGCACCCCCGUGAGAGGCUCCGUGGAUGCGGGCCAGCCCGAUUCGGCGGGCGACCCGCGUGCCUCGAUUCGCAACCUGGUGGCCACGCAAGACAAGCAGAACACCCGAGUGGGAUACCAAAUAGAUUACGCGAGCGUGCAGGUGAACGCGCUCGAUAAAGGGUUGUCGGACCUCAAGCGGAGCCAGAAGAGGCCCAACAUCAACGUCACCUCCAAUCCGCUCGACAUAUCGCUCAUAAGCUCUCAACCGUGCAACACCCAGGGCUGUAACGCUCAAGGUAGCGCGAGCGUCAAGUCGCGAGGACGAUCAGCCGAAUCUCAUCCACUCGUUUCAGCCAUUCAUUCAUGGGUCAGGCUCUUUUUCCCGUUUUGCGCAAUAGGCGGCAGCGCCGGCGCCGGCGGCGGCAGCGGCAAACGAUCCACCCAAGCGACCAUCGUGGUGCAGCAGCCGUCCCUCUCGUUGGACGCGCCCGCGGCGACGAUCCUGCUGCAUCCGGACGCGGACGCGAGACGACGCGAGGAGAACAUGCGGCAGCUGCUGGACGUCGCGAAUACCCUCACCCUGCAGGAGAUACACGACUUCGAGAUGAGAUACGGAAGCCCCCAUCACAGCCGCUCGCAAUCGGUGAAGGCCCCCGGGAGCCGCUCUUCCGGCCGGCCGAAUUACCUGUGUCUUCCGCAACAGAGAUCGCGAGUGGCGAGUAUGCCCAACACCGGCGUGGAGGAAGAAUAUUACAGGCUGCGGCAUUUCAGCAUCACGGGGAAGGGUGUGGUGAACCGGGGUGACUCGCUCAAGAGCCGCAGGUCGCGCUCCAACAACAGCGUCGCGUCCAGCAACUCCAGCCUUUCUUCUAUUCGACGCAGCACGGAGCACCUGACCGCCUCGUAUCCAGGAUCGGCGCGGAACUCGGCGGCGGGCUCGUUGGCGAGCUCGAGGGAGAGCAGCGCGUCCCAAGGCCCGGCGCCUUACCGCGUCCUCAUGCUGGGCGCCCCGGCCGUCGGCAAGAGCUCCUUGGUGUCUCAAUUUAUGACUUCCGAGUACCUGCACGCCUACGACACUUCGAUCGACGACGAGUCCGGCGAGAAAACCGUCAGCGUGCUGUUGGCCGGCGAGGAAUCGGAAUUGACUUUUAUCGAUCACUCCUGCGCCGAGAUGACGCCGGAAAAUUGCAUCGCGUCGUACGAGCCGCACGCGUAUUGCGUCGUCUAUUCCACGACCGAUCGGGCAUCGGUGCGCGCCGCCGAGGAGGUUCUCCAGUCCUUGUGGCGCAGCGACCACGUGUCCGCGAGGGCGGUCAUUCUCGUGGGGAACAAGAUCGACCUGGUUCGCAGCCGACUGGUGUCGACCGAAGAGGGCAAGUCGAUGGCGACGUCUUACGACUGCAAAUUCAUCGAGACGUCCGUCGGCAUCAAUCACAACGUCGACGAGCUGCUGGUCGGUCUGCUCACGCAGAUCCGCCUGAAGCUCGAGAACCCCGAAAGAACCAGGGACGUGUUCCGGAAGCGGUCGCGGAAGAACCGCAGCAAGUCGCCGCUCGGCUCGUGUUCGGAGAACAAUUCGCCUAAGAAGUACCGCGGCAGCCGGACCAGCACCAGUCUGAAGGUACGCAAUCUCCUCGACAAGGUGUGGGCGCGCGACAGCAAGUCCAAGAGUUGCGAGAACCUGCACGUUCUGUAAGGCGAACUGCCGCGCCGAUUGACGACGGCUCGGUAUCGAUUGUCUCGGUGCGUACCCGGAGCGACCUGGCGACGACGCCCGCAGACGGUCGUCUCCAGACUUCCAUUCAAACGUCUUACGCCGGAGUUCGGAGUCUUCGGGGAUGAGUGACGGUGACUACUACUACUACUACUACUACUACUACUACUGCUGCUGCUGCUGCUGCUGCUGCUGCUGCUGCUGCUAUUGCUGCUGCUACAGCGGCUACCGUCGCGUGUCGACGGGGCGACUGUCGCUGGAGAGAGAAGAAGGCAGGUAUCGACCGCUUCGUGAGACAGGCGACUCCGCUUCGAAUGGAGAGCUGGCGCACGUGCGUGUACCACUUUGUAACCAAGAGAGCUUUUCCGGCCGCGAUUCUCGACGUCGCGUGUCUCGUCGGCGGACUUCCUGGACGGCCCGAUAUCUCGUCGCGACGAGGCGUACACGCGCGCGCGCGCGCGCUCCGAGUCGCCAAUUAUCGACGGUACUUUCCGCUGCCCGACGAGGAAUUGAAUUUGAUUUCGCUGGUCGCGUGCGAGCGCGAUUUCGCGUCGAGACGGUGAAAACGGUUUCCGAGUGAGACGCGCGUUUCGGCUCGCUCUCGUGCUCGUCGAUCAUUUCACGAGCCGUCACCGUACUUUUCUAUUGUACUUGGCGCGGCUAACCGGCGGACCCGUCGAGUUGACGAUUCCCCGCGACUCGAUCGUGAUUCUUCGAGCGAGGCGAAACAACACCUCUCAUGGUUCGUAUAAAUGCCGGAUGGACGGGGAGGUGAUAAAAACGCCCUUAAUUCGCCCGACGUUCGUUCGGCGAGGGUGCAAUUUUUGCGAUUACCGUAAAGCGUAAAUAUAGGCCACGAGCAGUCCGAGCGCGUAUCCCCUCUCACGCGCGAAAAGGUCGUAAAGCGAAACGUUCGCGGGGUGAAAGGCGAAGUGCGCGGGGCAAUCGGCUCGUGCAGAUUGCCGCGAGCGAGCUCGUUAUCGCGCUUAAGUGAGGCCAUUAUAGACGGAGAGCUAGGAGAUCGAAUCGAUUUUUAUCGUUUCGCUCGACGGGUCGCGAUUGAUCGUAAACAGUUACGUUCCCCGGGCUCGUGUAAACGCGAGCGACAACAAGCGCGCGAAUUUCCGUUCCGGAAGCCGAGUGUAUAACGAAGCCGAACGGCUAACCGCAGGCUGCGCGCGUUUACAUCUGCCGCGGCGGGCGGCCAGGAUUUCUCCUGGCAUGCGUUUCAAUUUUCCGAAACAAAAUCUCUCCACGUAGAGCAACAAGGCAGCAAUCGACACGGAUAUCCUUCCGCCGCACGCUCGGCUAUCUCGACGGGGAUAUCCCGUGCAGAAUUCCCGGAUAGACGAGGCAAAUACCGGCAGAAGUCGGCCGCCUGUUGCGGUCGUUCGUUCUAACAGUCGCUAAAACACACAGCGGCUCUCCUCGAUCUUUUCGUAUCUGACGAUACGAUAUUCCGCGCGCGCGCGCGCGAGCAAGGUUUCGUGAUCGCGCUGGUGAACGUUCCAGCGCGGAGAAGCUACGGGGGGCUACGACACUUAUACGUCGGGUAAGUAAAGUUUUUCUUAAACGUCGAGGUAAAUGUAAGAGGCGAGGGGGACAUUUUUCGGCACUCACGCACGCACGCACGCGCGCGCCGAUACACAAACACCAAGAUUUUGAUCUUACGGCGAAAGAUGGGAACAUUUCGGAUCGAACGCACGGUGAUCCGUAUUAUUAAGUCGCGCUCGUCGCUCUAAAGCCGCGAGAUCAUGCCGAAUAAUUAAUACUCGUAAAUUUUUCUUCUAACGACACGCCCGACAUUUCAGGGCGUACGCCCUAUGAGGACCACCGCGUUGCGGCGAUACGGUCGGUUAGUGUUGGUAAAAUGUCGCGAUGCAUACUGAAAUUUUCAAAUUUACUCGUCCGCCCCGUUCAAGACAUAACUUCCAUAAUUAUUCGAGGAGCUCUCCCCCUCUCUCUCUCUCUCUCUCUCUGUGUGUGUGUGUGUGUGUGUGUUAUGUGUAUGUGUAUGUGUGUGCGUUCGUCAGGAAAUAGAGAACCAUCUAUUCGGGGUAUAAUUCGAAUGUGUUAUAUUCAUCGCAAGAGCGAGAAUACUCGCUGGAAAUUCACGGCGAGCUUCCUUCCCAAAGUACCUCAAGGCGGGUCAGUUGUUCUAACAACGAACGCAAACCGGUGGGGCAGGAGGGCACCUAUAUAUGAAGCUCCUCCUUCAAUUUUUCUUUAUUGAUUCGGCAGCAGCCAUUAAAGGAGAAUUGAAGCUAUCUCUGAUCAUCGGAUUUAGGUCGGAGGCGUAUCAGCAUGUGUAAGAUAGAAUCGAUGCGAUCCCAGCGCGGAGAAUUACAGCGCGGCCGGAAAGAUUCCGCUUCUAAUAAAGAGAAUCCGCCAUAAAUCGUGGAUCAAGGACGAUGAUUAUCGAGGUAUACGACCCGACGACGACUCAACAAUUAACUCGAAUCGCCGCUGAGCUGCACGCCAAACAGCAGAAAACCCUUUAAUCUGUCGGCAGUCGAGGAUGCGCGCCAAGUGCACGCGAGCGUGUCGGCCAAACAGUCCGAAUGACAAUCUCCUGUGUCGUAUCACGUGUUUGUAAGCAAUGAGAGCUUAUGAGCUCACCUACGUGAGCGGGAAAUUUAUCAGGAUCGGGAUAAAAAAGUGUUUGAAAUUUGCGAUUGGAACCGAGAGACCGGAGGGAAAUUAAAAUUCGAAUGGAAAUUAAACAUAACACAACUUAUGUUUAAUUUCCAUUCGAAUUUUAAUUUCCCUCCGGUCUCUCAGUUCCAAUCGCAAAUUUCAAAUACUUUUUUUUCAUCCGAUAAAUUUCUCGCUCACGUAAGAAUUGAAAAAUCGGUACACGGUACAUAUCCGCGAGAGAUAUCUGAUAUCGAUGUAUUUUUCAUAAAAAUACGCGAUGAUUCCGCACACGCGCCGCAGCUGGGGAUGAUGCACGAACACGUUCAAUUUUCCAUGCGCGCUUUUAGCGAUACGUUACGUGUCGUUUCACGGCACAUGCAUAAUACGAGAGUGAGUCGCAAAACGCGAAGAGUGCGCGGCGACUUUCCUCGUCGGCAAGGUUAAACGACGCGGCGUAUACGCGACGUGAAAUAUGUGUAGAAGGUCAUGGAAUAGAGAGAGAGAGAGAGAGAGAGAGAGAGAGACACACAAACAGAAAGAUAAGUGGUUCGCACCAUCGGCCACGCCGAUUGCCAGAAUUAAAGAGUCCCGAUAUCAGCGACGAAACAUGAAGGCAGAUAUGACGCGACACCCCCGGGAAGAACAACCAAGAGAAUCUAAUCGAGUAGUCGUCACCCCACGAAAGGUCGCCCCGUGUGCGACAAGCAAUUAAUUUCUUAACGAGAUCCCGAAAACUCCGACAGCCGACGUCCCCGUCGUCGCGUCGGAGAAAGCGAGAAUCGAGCCGCGCGUCGAACUUCAACGUCCGCAAAAGGAUCGGAAGUGGGUGCACGCUCGCUUGCGAAAACGAGUCAUUUUCCAGCGGGAAUGGAACACGCCUGUGCAGGCCAGGCCAGGUGAGCUGUGCGCGACCUCCAUUAGAGACUCCGUGAGCGCGUGUGCGAGUGACAGUCCGCAUGAGCGACGUGAAAUCUCGGACCGCUGACGUAACGCACGUGUGCAUGGGAAAGUGUGUAUGUGCGAAGCUAUCGCGGGAUUGCGCGUCUUUUCCGGUCACGACGACAAGCCUGACGAGGUCGCGCUGUUAGCUUUGAUUGCGAGUCGCAUAAUUCGGGGAGCGAUUUGAUUUUCUGUAAUUAAACGCGCGCUUUGGCUUUGGGAUCAGUGGAGGCGAAUCAUACCGCUGCCGCUGUGUUGCUUCUUCUUCUUCUUCCCUCCACUCUCUCUCUCUCUCUCUCUCUCUGUCCAUUUAUCGUCCUUUUAAUUUGACCGCUAAUAUCUAUGAUUCGCGCAAAGUGCGCGACACAGCGCGGCGCGUCCCGCGUGAAACAGCGCGGUUAUUAAUUAUUCUUUCGCGUCCUGCGCGAAUACUCCGGCGUCGCGCCUCCGCCGACGUUGCCCACUUCAAUUAGCUAAAUUACUGCCGAAGGUGCGCGCUAAGGUGUGCCUAUUCAACGAGCUUACACCGGCACGGCUCGCCGCGAUACGUGCCCGCUGAAAUUCUCGCAACUGCACGCAUUCAUUUGACGCUUCACUUUACAAUUCUCUACGUACGUGCGCGGGACGUGCGUGCUUCGGCCUCCCGUUGCGCGAUACGACGUUAUUCUAAAUCCGAUCCCUCUUUACCGCCGUCUAUGUUUCCCCUCCUCGGCCCUCUCUUGCCUUCAGCUUUGAUUCCGUAUACCCCACGUGCGCUAUCAUCGACCACAGCUUUAAGGGUUCUCUCUCUCUCUCUCUCUCUCUCUCGAAUAAUUCAUAAAAAAACGUUCGCGGGAUACUGCCACUCAGGGGGUGGCAACCGAUCCCUCCUGGGUCGCUGCGUUCGCUCGAUGUUGCGGAUUUACCGUAAGACAAAUCGCGCGGGGGGAGUCGCGCUAAGAAACACGGCGCGGCGUCCGAAUGUCCCUUCUUUCCCGUAACGUAACUCCAAUGAUUUUGUUUCUCGUAAGUAAGUAAGUAAGUAAGUAAGUAUUAAAAGCGCGACAACUGCGCGAAAGACUGCCCUUUCUCUCUUUAAAGACGUUCGAGUUAAUUAUAUUCGUCGUUCUUCGCGUGAUACACGAAGGUCCGCUUGAAUCUUUAAUGGCGACGUUCUUCCGCGGUAAUUAAAUCCCCAGUUACGCGGCCACGGCAAAUUAUUACAUACUUUCGCGUCGUCGAGCGAACAACAAACCGCUAAUUAACGCAAACGCAAGCAUCUGGCCUGGGUAAGCUGUGCGACCUAUCGGAAACGUUGGCUGAUUCGCGGACGGGAGUUUGUGUUAAAACCGCGAGGAAAAGAGAGAGAAGGAAGGGGGGAUGUGGGGGGAGCGGAGGAUGAAAAAGAGGAAGAAGAGAGGGAGACAGAGGGAGGGGCGGAGGAAGAGCUUGAGCAGCGUUGCGCUCCCGCGCAAAGGAAAAUUUUUCCCAACAACUCGAAGCGCCUCCUCGCUGUUUUCCAUCACGGCGAAACGGCGACGCGGAAUUCGUGGGCGCAUUCUGUCCGGAUUAAACUACGGCGAACGAAAAUGAUUAUUGUCGGCCGAUACACAACUCCGCUUCGCGGAGGCGAAGGCGAAGGCGAAGGCGAACCGGAUGCUUGCGGCGAGCAGUUGCGGGAAAAUUCGGCCACGCGGCGAACUCCUCGGCGAACGCUCGCGGGAAUUUCCAGCUUCGCGGCGAGAGAUGAAACUCGUCCCGGUCGUCGUCGCGCGCGGCGAAGAAGCGACGCGUAUUUCGCGCGGCGCUCGCAAUUCGUUAAAUGCCGCUGUAUCUCCGUUACACCGCCAAGAGAUACGAUUCAGCCGUUUUUCGUGCCGUGUAUCGCGGCAGCACGGCAUCGCGGGAAAUUCCCGAGAGCCAAGGCUAUUUUCGAUAACGUCCUCCCGCGAAUAAACGAGCGAAUAACGUCGCUCUCCACGCUCCACGCGAGGAAGACGAAUUAUCGUGGCCGUGGCAAAAAAAGCUCCCUCCGACGUUGGCCGACGUUGGUUGCCGGCCGGAGAACGGCCAACUUUCGGACGAGACGUGUGAUCGCUGUUACACGACCAGAUAUGUACAUUCGAGACGACUACCGAAAGUCGGCCGAUCGAGGCUCGAUCGAUCACCUCAAAGAGACAGAAUAUCACAUUGUUCGCGUCGCCGUGCGCGCGCGCUCGCUCGCUCGCACACACGCACGGAGGAGACAACAACGGGGAAUUCGGGGCCAAUUUGUCGAUCGUCCUUGUCCACAGCCACUGACAUUCACACAGCGGACGGUCGUUUGUAAUCUUUGACGCGAAACUCGCCGAGUACCAUUUCCCGCUCGUGGCUGGCCGCGCUCUCGCGUGC